GAAGAAGAAGAAGAAGAAGAAGAAGAAGAAGGAAAAAAGAAAAGAAAAAGAAAGCUGUGCUCUUCUCAGGGGGAGCGGCCGUCACAUGCAUCUAUCAAACACAGCUGAUCGUGACGUUACUCGGCAACAUGGCGGACUGGAAUAGAGGUCAUGGCUCUGUGGACGACAUGCUGGAUACUGAAAACAAACGGCUGGCUGAGAACCUGGCCACCAAAGUCUCCAGACUGAAAUCUCUGGCAUACGAAAUCGACAGAGAGGCUGAUGAUCAGAACGAGUAUCUGGAUGGCAUGGACUCAAACUUCUUGAGUGCGACGGGCCUGCUGAGCGGCAGCGUGAAGCGUUUCUCCACCAUGGUCCGAUCAGGCAGAGACAACCGCCGCAUCCUCUGCUACGUCUCUGUGGGCCUGGUCCUGGUCUUCUUCCUGCUCUACUACAUGGUCUCCAGGAUCCAACGCUGACAGGAAAACAAAGAUCAGCCAGGAGCUGAGACUGCAGACCCAUAUUUGAUAAAUCAUCUCUGUGGCUCUCCUGCACUGGAAAAGACUUUUUAUUCUGCACCAAAGUGAGAAAACAAACAGGAAGUAGACGGGAAACAUUUUGUUGUAUUGUUGAACUGACCAGCGGGGGCGCCGGCCAGCUCAGCAGGGGAAAAGGUGGUGAGCCUGGUCAUACCCAACAUGCUGGGGUCUAUUAAACAAAAAAAUAUGCCUGGAGUUUGUGGCUUUUCAGCCCAGCACCGUGUUUGACCCUGCAGCCAGGAAGUCCUAAUAUGGGCAAAGAGAAGGUGGAGCCUAAACAGAGCUCAGGUGGAGCUCAGCCACAAAUGAGUGGCUGUGCCUCGUUUCCAGACUACACAGUAAUUUAAAAGGUGUGUAGGAUUUAGUGGCAUCUGGUUGCAGAACUGACACUUCUCCUAGCUGUGUGCCAAGGCUGGAGGGAAACAACGGGAGAAAAUGUGAAUGGCCCAAUCAAGAGCCAGUGUUUGGUUUGUCCAUUGUUGGCUACAGUAGAAACAACAUGGUGGGCUCAGUGGAAGAGGAGCCGCUCUGUAUGUAGAUAUUAAGGGCUCAUUCUGAGGUUUAGUUUCAGGUGAUUUUACACCUACGGUCCAUUUCUGCCAACAGAUGCCCCUGAAUCCUACACACUGGACUUUAAAAGUAGGUUUUGAGUUGUAACAAAUUUAUUCAAAUUAUUAUUGACAGAAUUACUCACCAGUGAUCUGUUCUGUUUAUG